AUGUACCUAGGCAAGUACCUUGUUGCCUGUUUGUUUUUGGCCAGAUGCACUUCUGGUAUUCCUGGUGACCAUCUAAGCUCUUAUUUUCCCAGUCUAUGUAGACUGUGUUGUAUGUAUUUGGGUUCAACAGUUAUAAUUCUCAUCUUGCGCAUCUGUUUCACAACUGAAAUUUUGGAGGGAUUUGAUGUUCAGAGAACCAUUGGCUUGGUUGAUACAUUGAAGAAGUAUGUUUAUCUUACUGAAGCAAUAACUCAAUACUACAAAUCAGAGUAUUCUGAGGAACAACGUAGCCAUGCUGGGAGUUGUCCCUGUUUUGGUGAAGUUAUCAAAAGUAUGGAAGAGCCAAAAGGCCCUGAAUUCAGCAUCAAUGGUGCUUAUCUUACCCGAUUUGAUUACACCGAAACCAACCAUACUCUCUCCUACAAGCUCCCCCUCAACAUUGAUGUGUUAAUUAAUUUCAAUUUUCAACUCGUGCUUAGCAAAUAUUAUCAAUUUUCAACUUGUGCUUAG